CCCGAGGCUGCCUGGGAGGUGUAACCGGACCCUCUGAGCUGUGGGCACAGGGCCUCUGUGGUCCUGACCCCGGGCCUGUUCUCCCACCUCCCAGGGCGCGCCCCAGCCCCUGUACAUAAGGCCCUGCCAGCCGGGCGCGGUCAGGUCUGAGGCAUGGCCUUCACCGACCUGCUGGACGCCCUGGGUGGCGUGGGCCGCUUCCAACGCCGUGCCAUGGCCCGGCUCAGGCUGGGCCGCAAGGGCCCCCUGGUCUGGUCGUACCUGCAGCUGGCAGUGUCGGGGGCCGCCACGGCGUACUUCAGCUCCUUCAGCGCCUACUGCGUCUUCCGGUUCCUGAUGGGCAUGACCUUCUCUGGCAUCAUCCUCAACUCCCUCUCUCUGGUUGUGGAGUGGAUGCCCACCCGGGGCCGGACCGUGGCGGGCGUCCUGCUGGGCUUCUCCUUCACCCUGGGGCAGCUCAUCCUGGCCGGAGUGGCGUACCUGGUCCGGCCCUGGCGCUGGCUGCAGUUUGCCGUCUCUGUUCCUUUCCUCAUCUUUUCCCUCUAUUCCUGGUGGCUGCCAGAGUCAUCCCGAUGGCUCCUCCUCCACGGCCAGUCCCAGCGAGCUGUGCAGAACCUGCGGAAGGUGGCCGCCAUGAACGGGAGGAAGGCGGAAGGGGAGAGGCUGACCCAGGAGGUGGUGAGCUCCUACAUCCAGAGUGAGUUCACGAGCGUCCGCACUUCCACCUCCGUCUUGGACCUCUUCCGAACCCCGGCCAUCCGCAAGGUCACGUGCUGUCUCAUGGUGGUCUGGUUCUCUAACUCCAUGGCUUACUACGGCCUGGCCAUGGACCUGCAGAAGUUUGGGCUCAGCGUCUACCUGGUCCAGGUCCUGUUCGGGGUCAUAGACAUCCCGGCCAUGCUGGUGGCCACCACCACCAUGAUCUACGUGGGCCGCCGAGCCACGGUGGCUUCCUUCCUCAUCCUGGCGGGGCUCAUGGUGAUCGCCAACAUGUUUGUGCCAGAAGGUAUGCAGACCCUGCGCACGGCCCAGGCAGCGCUGGGCAAAGGCUGCCUGGCCAGCUCCUUCAUCUGCGUGUACCUGUUCACGGGAGAGCUGUACCCCACGGAGAUCAGGCAGAUGGGGAUGGGCUUCGUCUCGGUCAACGCCCGCCUCGGGGGGCUGGCUGCGCCCCUGGUCACCGCGGUCGGGGAGUUCAGUGCCAUCCUGCCGCCUGUGGCCUUCGGGGCCACCUCGAUCCUGGCCGGGCUGACCGUCUGCUUCCUGGCUGAGACCCGCAACACACCCCUGGUGGAGACCAUUGAGGUGAUGGAGAGGAGAGCCAAGGGCCUCUCCAGGAAGGAUGCGGAAGGGAGGAGCGAAGACAUUUCCCUUCAGCAGCUGGGAGCUUCUCCCCUCUUAGAAACCAUCUAAGGUGCCCAGGGCCCGGCACACGCUGGUCGUACCUCAGCCGGUGUCCGGCUUCCUGGCGCUGACCGGGGUCGGAGUUGGCCAAGGACCGUGGUGGCCCCAUCAGCCCAUGUCAAAGAGCCGCCCAAAGCCAGUGCUGGGGCUGCCGGCAGAAACCAGACCAGCAGCCAUUGGCAUGACAUGGAUAGAAAUUGAGGAGAAGCCACGCCCAGGGACCGAAGGAGGGGCCGUUUUCCUUCCCACC